GACGCAAAUGCGCAUCGCAGACCGAGCUGCCGCCACAGUAUCGGCAUGUUACAUUUAAUAUGGGAAGAGGACCACACAGAGGUUUAUUCUGAAAGGAGUGCAGCUGGACGAUUGCCAAGCGGUUGGCGCAGUCGAGAUCAAAAAUGAAAAAGCCCUAAUGUAAAUAACGGAUAAGCGCUUUACGGAGCGAGCAAACUAUUGCUGUAUUCGGCUACACAACGAAGAGGAUGGUCUUUGCCCUACAUGCGAUUGUCAUGUCUUCAGCGUUUUUCAACCCCAGUUUUGCCUUCAGUUCCCACUUUGAUACAGAUGGCGCUCCACUAAGCGAGCUGUCGUGGCCUUCAUCCCUAGCGGUGGUGGCUGUCUCUUUCUCUGGCCUCUUCACCUUCGUCUUCCUCAUGCUGGCCUGCCUCUGCUGCAAGAAGGGUGACAUCGGCUUCAAGGAGUUUGAAAACACAGAGGGAGAGGAGUACCAGGCAGAUCUCUCCGCCCUGGCCUCGCCCUCCUCCCAGAAUGGGCCUGAGGUCUACAUCCUCCCUCUCACCGAGGUCUCCCUGCCGGUGUCCAAGCAGCCUGGCAGAUCCAUCCAGCUGCUGAAAUCGUCAGACCUUGGCCGCCAUAGUCUACUCUAUCUAAAGGAGAUUGGACAUGGCUGGUUUGGCAAGGUUCUGCUGGGUGAGGUGAAUGCGGGUCUCAGUACUACCCAGGUGGUGGUAAAGGAGCUGAAGGCCAGUGCCAGUGUCCAGGACCAGAUGCAGUUCCUGGAGGAGGUCCAGCCAUACCGGACUCUCCAGCAUCCUGCCCUCCUGCAAUGCCUGGCGCAGUGCUCAGAGGUCACUCCUUAUCUGCUGGUCAUGGAGUUUUGCCCUCUGGGUGAUCUCAAGAGCUACCUCCGCAGUUGUCGGGCAGCUGACUCCGAAACUCCUGACCCUCUGAUCCUCCAGCGAAUGGUGUGUGAGAUUGCCUCAGGGCUCCUGCACCUCCACAAAUACAACUUCAUACACAGUGACCUGGCCUUGCGGAACUGCCUGCUAACUUCAGAAAUGACCGUUAAAAUAGGAGACUAUGGCCUUUCCCACAGCCGAUACAAGGAUGACUACUUUGUGACGCAGGACCAGAUUUGGGUGCCCUUGCGCUGGAUCGCCCCCGAGCUCAUAGAUGAGGUCCAUGGAAACCUUCUGGUAGUUGACCAAACAAAGACAAGCAAUGUAUGGUCAUUGGGUGUGACUAUGUGGGAGCUGUUUGAGCUGGGGAACCAGCCUUACAGACACUACUCUGACAGACAGGUGCUGACCUAUGCUGUGAAGGAACAGCAGCUCAAACUGCCCAAACCCCAGCUCAAAGUCCCCCUGGCUGAGCGAUGGUAUGAAGUGAUGCAGUUCUGUUGGCUGCAGCCAGAGCUGAGACCUAGCACUGAAGAAGUGCACCUCUUGGUGACCUACUUGUGUGCUAAAGGCUCCAGUGAAGCUGAGGAAGACUUUGAACAACGCUGGAAUGCCUUGAGACCCAACCUGCUUGGUAGCACCUCUCACACAGCCACAUCCACAGCUCUAGCCCUGACACCCACACCCGCCCCAGCCAUAGUCCCAGGUGCAGCCCAGUCGGAGGCAGUGGAGCUGGCCUCCUCUGCCUCCUCUUCUUUCCCUUUGUUGGAGCAUUUCUCUGACAGUUUCCACUCUGACACAGGGGAUGACUUACUUACUGUCACAGAAACCAGCCAUGGGCUUAACUUUGAGUACAAGUGGGAGCAGGCCCGGGCUGAGCAACCAUACUGCUCCUCCUCCACCAGUGGGCCACUGGGCCAGGGAAACCCACACUACCAGGAUAUCUAUUAUCCCAUCAAAGGGGGAACCUCAGGGGGCUGCAAGACUGACAGCGUGACAUCAGGCAUAUCACCAUCCUAUUACGAGCCUGAUCACCCAGGUGUGGUCCCAGUGUUGAGUGCUCACAGCCCCUCGGUCAGCAGUGAGUAUUACAUUCGCAUAGAGGAACCAGUGGAAUGUAACAUCAAUUUGGAUGACACUGUGGUGGACUACAGCCCUGGACUGGAGGCCAGCAACAGUAAGUUGUCCUCUGAAAGUCGGAAUGGUUCAUAUGUGGCACAGCCCAGUGCUUACUGGUCAGCUGUUGAAAACACAAAAUCUACAGCCUAUGACUCAGAUGCAAGCCCCACUGUCUCACUUACCAUGGAGCCAUUGUUGAGACAGACCUCCAGCACCAGUCCUGUAAAGCUAGGCCACUCACAAACCUGUUUUUCAUCCAGUCAGAAAGAUAGUGUCUACUGUGAGCAGCCACCCACAAACAAGUCGGGCUGCCAGGCCGACCUGUCCGAAGAGGAUACGCCACCGGAAUACCGACUGAACCUUCUUCAUCCAAUGGGAAGGUUAGAUAACCCACGGGGUUUGUCACAAGCAACCAGUAGCCCCAGCUUAGGGUUCUGUGACCCCUACCUAGAAGGCACUACAGCUAGGAAUACAGUUAAUGAAAGCUACUAUGACAUGAUGGGCCCACUAAAAAAGACAUUACCCAUUGUUAACCACAGCAGCAUUGAUGUAGAGACAGGGGAUGGCCUGCUGGUGGGCCAGAGGAGGGGCGUGGUCACUGAGGAUGAUGGAGACUUUUUCUCUGAAGGAGAAGCCACUAACUGGACCUCCAACCAUUCAGCUAACAAUAACAGCCUGAGCUUUGAUGGCAGGCAGACAGGCAGUGGGCAAGACAGCUAUUUGGACCUUCAAUAUACUAUACACUCCACGAACAUGGCAGAAUUAUGGCCUGCAACAAAGGCUACUCCGAGCACCCUCCACAUCUCUAGGUCUUGUGGCUACUUGGAGUCUGCAGAAGAAGAUGCUGGCUGCAACUCGAAUAGCAAACCCACUGAAUUAGGCUCAUACAUUCAUUUAUGUCACAAAGAAAGAGAUGAGGCUGUCACUCAGUUGCAAAAUAACUUAGAUGCAGAUAAUCUAAGAGGCAUUGACUCUCUUGCGAGUUCAAACUUGAAUGCAAGGGACAAGGAGAGUGGUACAAUUGAGGACAACUGUAAAAAGCAAGCACUGCUUACAGGGGAGAGACUGCACUCUGAGCCUAAAAUGAUACCUGAGGCAAACUAUAUCAAAUCCCCAUCCUCUUACAUGGAUCCCCACACAGGCCAAACAGGAGCCUUGCCUGACAAGCAGAGAGCUAAUAUCUGGGAUGUGCCCUCCCUUAUGCAAGACAUUAAGAUUUCAGGAGGAAUCUCAGCUGGCCAUGGAGAUAAGAGGCACACCCAUCCUGAGAUAUCUGAGGCAAGCAGAGGGUUAAAUAGUGGACUGGGGAUUAGGGACUCCAAUAUCAGUCUGGUUGAGCUUGGUGAAUGCAGUGAGGAUGAUGAUGAUGACAUAACAGAUAUUACAUCAGGGAUCUUUGCCGACUUCAACCUGGACUAUGCUGAAGAGGAGGAAGAAGAGCUAAGCCCUUUGAAGAAUCCCGUGGGAACCCCUGACUCUGUGGACACCCUUAACCUGUCCUCCUCUGUGGCCAGCCCCUGUGACCAGGCUUUCAGUCCUGAUGCUUUCAAUACCCCCAUCCUGCCCAAAUCCUUGGACAGUGGGUAUGACACAGAGAAUAAUGAAUCUCCAGAGUUUAUCUUCAAAGAACUUGGAGAUCCCCGUGAUGAGGGAAGCCCUGGGAUCAGGGCAGAACCUGAACUGGUUCUACAGUUGGAUCUGGAUGAGGGGGUCUGCACCUCCUCAAGCACCACAGACCUACAGCUGAAGGGCCUAGCUGCUAAGAACCCAUACAGGGACUCAGCCUACUUCUCUGACUAUGAUGCUGAGAACGAGAAGAGCCCUCAAGAGGAAACCAGUAACUUUUUUGCUGGCCCAGGUGACCAUGACUUGCAUGCAGAGAAACUGAGUUCUAGAGGAGAUGAUAAUCUUAUCAAACGUCAGAUUAACAAUGAGGAACAUUUGACAAAUCUGAGACAAGUCAAAAGUGCUGUUGUAGUUGACCUCUCAGAGGCUAAUCCAAACUCAACUUAUCCCAGCCGCACCCCUGGGCUCUCCAUGCUGUCACCAUUUCCUCCAGAGAUGGGGGGCUGCCUAACCAAAGAGUCUGCCCCUGCGGAUGAUGACCUGGGUUUGGAGACAGAGCACUCAGGAGAAGAGCAUUCCUCAGAGCUUAGCUCCUCCAUUGUCUCUGAACCAUCCUCCACAGUCCAAGAGGCUUCAGCAAACCAUGAGCAGGGGAAUAGGGGAUCAGAAGAUUAUUCUCCAGUCCAAUCUUUGGGUUCUGACUCGACAAUAAUGGACUACAAAGAGGAAGGCUCUAAAGACAAUGAGAAUGCUGAAGGAUCCACUGAAGAGGAGGAGCUGCCAGAGUUUAAUCACGUAAAUGAGGAGACAGAGGACACGAGGGAGGGAGUCAGAAUAGAUGCAGAUGAUUUUGAGGACAUUGAUGCAGAAGAGUGUGACUCACAGGACAGUUUAUGUGAAGAAUCUAAUGGCCCAAUUGACCUCUCGUCAUCUUCAUCAUUCCUGGAGCUGUGUGGGGAAGACGUUAGGGCUCCCCUGGAGGAGGCAGAAGAUGAAGACGACUCAGAUGACAGCGAGUCUGAUGAAGAGCUUAGGACCUAUAACAUCCAAGAUGAAGAAAGUGAGGAGAGUGAAGAGGAGUUCACCACAGUGCCAGUGGUGGUGAGUGAUUGUAGCAGGGCUAGACACCUUCGCAGCCUCUUGAAGAUGCCCACCCUGCUCACUCAGUCCUUCUGUGACGAGCUGGAGAGGAAGAAAAAAGCUGUGUCCUUCUUUGAUGAUGUCACCGUGUUCCUUUUUGACCAGGAGAGUCCCACAGGGGAGCUGGCUGAUUAUACAUUCUCCACAGAAGCACAGUCGAGUAGACAGGACUCUCCAGAGGAGGAAACUAACCACCAGCCUUGGCCUGACCCUGAAACUGAAGCUCAGCCUCAUGGAACAUAUUGUGUUUCUGAUGACAUAGAGGAGAAUAACUCAGAACAGGGUGGAGGUUUUGAAUGGGAAGAUGAUGUCCCAUUUAUGCCCAACCUGUCCUCACCUGCCACUGUUUCUGAGCCCCAGGCCUCCCCCACAUCUCCUCCCAAGAGUCCCGAGGCUCCCAAACCUGCAGCUGUAGCAUUUAACCGUUUCAGCGUCUCACGAUUCUCCAUCACACAUGUCUCCGACCCCCAGAUGGGCUCAGCAGCAGGGAAAGGUGAAGAUGGAAAGAAGGAGUGAAUGCCCCACAGCCCCGACUGGAGGGGGAUUUCUGGUCCUUCUCAACACAGAACAGCAGCAGUUUCUCCACAGUAUUAUAUCUAGAUGUUCUACAGAGUAUUAUUUUUUAUUGAUGUUAGGGUCAUCUGACCCUGGUGACCCUUUAUGAGUCAGUGCCUCAUAUUGUAGUGAAACACCCUCAAUGAUUUGCACACUUUGUUCUUUUUUUUUUUUUUUUUUUUAAUUUCCUCAAGAGAGUGAGAUUGCUGCGGGGUUGACAUGGUCUGAUUAAGACAACCACAAAGUGAUGGCAAAAUCAAAUCAUGUUAUGUGAUGAAACAGAACAUAUCACUAUAUUAGCGUUUUAUUAUACAUUAUACAAAUAUAAGGCCAUUUAUUUGCUCAAUGCAGCAUCAAUGUCCAUUAGUGACCUUACAGGUUAUUUCAUUUGUGAAAUGGGAAAAAAGGAGAAAAAAAGGAAAAAUUACACUUAAAUGACAAGACUUCAUUGCUGCUCUUAUUGGCUGCCUUGGUCCACGUGCUUACUCAUUGAUUGGACAUUUUUAAAGACUGUUACAGCUCUCAUUGUUGGAUCCAAUCUUGAUGACAGUUGCAUAGGAUGCUGCGGUGGGUAUCCAAAAACAACCCCCAAUUCAGGGUUCAGUGGGCUAUGGUGAUGGACACAUAAUACUAAGCUAAGAGGUUUCGUCACUCAUUUGCACCACCUCACACUCAUGUGUCUGAAGCACUUUGUACAGCCAAACUGGAGCUAUCUUUGUAAAAGUGAUGGCUCUUCCGCUGUAUGUCUCUCCAUCCUGGAAUGAAAUAAGUGAACAUACACAAACCCCUAUUUGUGUCCACAGUGUCAAUUACAGGUUCACUUUGUUUAGUGGCAUAUUAAGCUUUGCUCACAUUACAUUUCAUCAGCAAUAUAAUGACACUAAAGGGACGAGCAUUAAUGGGUGAAAUUAGCAGGAUAGUGUUUUCUGAUUCAGCCCCUGAUGUUUUAGCACUGAAUUGCCUUUCAAUGCAAUUCAGUGGUGUCAUAUCAGCAUUAUCAGUCGUAAAUGGUGAAUGUCAGUGACAUCUUUACUUACCCUGUUUGAGUCUACAAACUGUCCCUGGUCCAGUACAUAAUGUAAUUUAUUACACCUGUGCUGAAUGCUUGAGUUUAAGGUGUACAAAAAUCAAAAAUAUAAGAGUUACAAAUUCUGACGUAUCUCAGAUAUUGUAUGAAUGUUAUGAACAUGUAGCAGGUAGCUUGACUUGAAUUUACUACUGCUGUAUUGACGACUCCUUCCCCUUCUCUGUACUUCUGUAGCUCAAAGUGCCAAUUCUGUUUCCUGUCCCGCCUUUUAAGUUCUGCGAGAGAACACAUUGUUAGUAUUUUUGUAUGAACAUUUAAAAAGAUGCAAUCCACUGACGAAAGAGGAUAACAGUUUCUCAGAUUUGCCAAAGAGAUAUCUCAAAGCCCAUUGGCUCAAGUGGAAGACACCUGUUGAGAAGGUGAGGUGGGUUGUUCCAUGCACCGGUAGUAACAUUGCUGUGUUUUCAUUUCUCCCUCACUCAUGGCUAUUGUACUAUCCCGAACAAAUAAAUCCAAAUACAUUUUUC